UUACUGUCCAAAACGCCAUGGCACAUUUCAACACCAUCCUGCUCGCCGCCUUCUCCCUACUCCUAACCACCGCCCUAGCAAAACACCCCGCCUUCGACGACGACGGAGGGGACAACCCCGCGCCCGCGCCUUCCCCCUCCUACGACCUCUCGCCGGCCGCCGCCGAAGACCUCAACUACAUAAACAGCAUCCCCCCGGCGGAGCGAAAACUCCUCGACGACUGCUCUAACCGCAUGACCCGUAAGUGCGGUGACGACGUGGUCUCGGGGCUGCUGAUGAAGUCGGAGGUGAGCGACGACUGUUGCACGCAGCUCGUGAGGAUGGGGAAGAAGUGCCAUAACCAUUUGGUCAAGUUGCUGGUUAGGUAUCCGGAUUUCAGGCAGAAUGCGGCGAUGAUUAAGGAGAGUUCUAAGAAGAUUUGGAGCGGGUGCCGGGAUGUUGCCGCGGACCCGCCCGCGUCGCCGUAGUGUGGGAAUUUUACUAGGGUUUUGUUUUUAUAAUAACAAAAUAAAAUUGACGGGGUAUCAUACCUGCAUUUUAUAGAGAUUUCAGUUUUGUUUAGAGGAGAGAAAUAAAUUAAAAAAACCCUAGAAAAAAAAAAAGUAAUGUGGCGUAAUCUUGGUCAAUCUAUU